CCGAGACCUUCCGAAGAGGGCCCCGGCGCGGGAGAUGUGCUGCUUUCCGGCGGCUCCUCGAGCAGCAUGUUCCCCGAUACUGGCGCUAACACCUCCUCUGGCAGGGGCAGCGGGCAGGUGGAAUCCGCGGGGGCCGCCGUCGGCUCCGGCGCCUCAGGAGCCCCAAGUCCCGGGCGCGGGGAGUCCUGCAAGAAGAGUAGCAGCGUCCCAGCCGCGGCCGAAGGCGACGGCGAAGAGGACGAAGAAGAGGCGGCGGAGGCGACGGCUCCCAUCCUGUGGACCCGCUCCAUUCUGGCCACUGGACUGGGGAUGGUGGGGUUGGCCGUCUUCCUCUUCCAUCUGGGGCAGCAGAAGCCGCCGCCGGAGAAGGAGGAGGAGGUCGGCGGAGAGCUGUACGUGGCCUGGCUCCUGCUCCGGCUUGUCUUGUACCUGGUUUGUGCUGCCGGCGCCUUCUUACUCGGUUUCUUGCUGGCUCUCGGGAGCCAAAAUCGCGGCCGCCUCCGACCCCUGCCGGCUUUCCUCGCCGCUUGGAAGCGCCGUUACCCGGGAAGAGCGAGCGCGGCGCCGUUCUGGCCAGCUGCCGGGAACCUCAUAUUUGGAAAUGGACAAGAACCAGUCCAGUCAAGGAGAGUGGUAAUUUCUCAUAACAUGGACAAAGCUCUGAAAGAAGUGUUUGACUACAUCUAUCGAGAUUAUAUUUUGUCUUGGUAUGGAAACCUCAGCAGAGAUGAAGGACAGCUGUAUCAUCUUCUGUCUGAAGACUUCUGGGAAGCUGCCAAGCAGCUGCGGCACAGACUCCGUCACAUUGAUGUAGUUAAAGUCAUUUGCAAUGAUGUAGUGAAAGCUGUGCUCAACCAUUUCUGCGAUCUUAAAGCAGCCAAUGCCAGAUUGGAAGAACAACCACGGCCAUUUUUACUGCAUCCUUGUUUGAGGAAUUCUGAAGAAGAGGCAAAAUUCCUGCAAGCAUGCUCUCAGACUCUGGUCUAUUGUCUUCUGCCCUCAAAGGAUGCUCAGUCUUUAAGCUUGCGUAUAGUCCUGGCAGAGAUACUUGCAGCAAAAGUACUGAAACCAAUGGUAGAGCUAUUGAGUGAUCCAAACUACAUCAACCACAUGCUGCUUGUCCAGAUGGAAUACAGAGAACAGCUGAUUGAGCAUCACAAGAGAGCUUAUACAUAUGCUCCUUCUUACGAAGAGUUCAUCAAGCUUAUUAACUGUAACUCAGAUGUUGAGUUUCUCAAACGAUUAAGGUAUCAGAUUAUGGUGGAAAUAGUUCAAGCAACCACUAUCAGCAACAUCCCCCAGAUGAAACGCCAAAAAGAGAAUAAGGUUAAAGAAACUGCUGCAAUGAAAGCAGAUCAUUUGAGGGCCAGAAACAUGAAAAGAUAUAUUAAUCAACUAACGGUAGCAAAAAAACAAUGUGAAAAACGCAUACGACUUCUGGGAGGCCCUGUUUAUGAUCAACCAGACGAUGGUAUUUUUGAGGAUAGUGAAAGUCCUCAGAGCCAAAAGGCCGAAAUACCUCAACUUGUGAGUCAAAUCUAUCAGGAUUUUUUUGUGGAAAGCAGAGAAAUUCCUGUGGAAAAAAUACUAUACAAAGAGAUACAACAGAGUCUUGUGGGCAACAAGGGCAUUGAGGUGUUUUAUAAAAUUCAGGCUGAUAUUUAUGAAACAUUGAAAGACAGAUACUAUCCAUCAUUCAUUGUCAGUGAUUUAUAUGAGAGGCUGAUCAAGAAAGAAGAGAGGACUCCAGUCCAAAUGGCAUCUGAUGACAAAGAUGAUAGACAAGUUUGUGAAGAAGUUAUUGAUGGAGGAAGCUCAGUAAUUAAUGAACAGGCCAGUUUUGCUGUAAAUAAACUACGCCAAUUAAAUGACAAACUUGAAUACAAGAGACAAGCUCUAAAUUCGCUCUGUAGUUCACCAAAACCUGACAAAAAGAUUGUUUCUAAAUUGAAAGAUGAAAUCAGUCUGAUGGAGCGAGAACAUAGUGACCUUCAAUUGCAUAUUGAAAGAACAGACUGCUGGUGUGAAAAUCUUGGCAUGUGGAAAGCCUUCAUUAAUACUGGAGAGGUCAUUGAAGAAAAUGGUGAACAAGUGCCCUAUUAUUCUGUUGUAGUGAUAUUACAGGAGAUUGGCAGGGUUGAAGCAAAGGAGUGGACAGUUGUUCGAAAGCUCAAUGAGUUUCAAAGUCUGCAUCGGAAACUCAGUGAGUGCUUUCCAUCAUUAAAGAAAACUCAGUUGCCAUCACUCAGCAAAUUGCCCUUUAAAUCUGUAGACCAGAAAUUCAUGGAGAAAUCUAAGAACCAAUUAAAUAAUUUCUUACAGAAAUUGCUUUCUGAUGAAAGGUUGUGUCAGAGUGAAGCACUUUAUGCCUUCUUAAGCCCUUCUCCUGAAUACCUUAAGAUUAUCGACAUACAGGGAAAGAAGUCAACAUUUUCACUCUCGUCCUUUUUGGAGAGGCUUCCUGGUGACUUCUUUUCUCAUCAGGAGGAAGAAGCUGAAGAUGAUGAUCUAUCUGACUAUGGGGAUGAUGUGGAUGGAAAACGGGAUGCCCUUGCAGAGCCUUGUUUCAUGCUGAUAGGAGAGAUUUUUGAGCUGCGAGGAA